AAUAAACUAUCGCGACCACUAACGAUCCUGUACCGACCACCUGAGCCUAAAAAAUCUUCAUUACCCUCACUAUCCCAAGAGUAGUCGAGACAGCCAGGCGUUGAUAUCGCGUCUGCGAAUUCAGUGUGGUUCGAAUAUGACCAGCCGGUGGUUGCAGUGCUCCGAGUGAGGCAUCUUUGUUUUCGUUUCUUAAUCCCACUCAAGAGGCAACCAACGUCGUAAAUUAACGUCGCGCGUGGCCACAGUUACGUUUCAAUACCAUUGCUCGUGAAAAUUUUAGUCAGAAUGCCGCUCUUUAGUCAAUAUUGUAAAAGCAAGUCUCGAUUGGAAGGUAAAACCGUGGUUAUAACCGGUGCCAAUACUGGUAUUGGCAAGGAAACUGCGUGGAAUCUGUACAGAAGAGGGGCUCGGGUAAUCAUGGCGUGCAGAGAUCUUGUCAAGGCCCAGGCAGCGCUCGAGGAUGUAAAAAAAACCUUACCUUCCAAGCCUAACAAGGAAGAGUUCAAAGGAGAGCCCGGUGAACUUGUUAUUCAAAAACUGGAUCUGAAAAGUUUGGCCAGUGUCAGAGAGUGUGCGAAAAAAAUAUUGGAAACCGAGCCAGCCAUUCACAUCCUAAUCAACAAUGCCGGGAUCAUGAUGUGUCCGAAAGGGGUCACGGAAGACGGCUUCGAGACUCAGUUGGGCACCAAUCACCUCGGCCAUUUCCUCUUCACCUUGCUUUUGUUGCCAAGGAUCAUUCAGAGUCGAAAGGACUCUGAUCCUUGUUGCAGGAUCAUUAAUGUUUCGUCUCUGGCUCACAGGUUGUCAACUGGUAUCAAUUUCAAUGAUCUGAUGUCGGAAAAAUCGUACGGUCCCAUAUCGGCCUACUGCCAGAGCAAGUUGGCCAACGUGCUCUUUACUCGAGAAUUAGCUCACCGACUGAAAGAGGCGAAUAUCAAAGGCGUCAACACUUACUCACUUCAUCCAGGAGUCAUAAAAUCAGAGCUCAGCCGUCAUCUCGAUGACUCUUUCUUCCGUGGUGUGCAAUUUUUGUACAGUCUAGUGGGUUUCAUGAUAAAGACCGUUGAACAGGGCGCCCAAACAACCCUCCAUUGCGCCCUCGACGAGCAGGCUGCUAACGAGACCGGCCUCUAUUACAAGGAGUGUGCGGCAGUCUCACCUUCGUCGUUAGCAAUGAACAAGGAAAUGGCCGCCAGACUUUGGGACGAGAGUGUGAAGCUUGUCGGUCUCCCAACGAAUGAUUUAACCGAACUGAUCGAGAAAAUUCCCACCGAGUAUGUCAGGUAAAUAAUUGCUCGCCCGAAGACCACGAUUGAGAAAUUUGCGUACUUUACGCCAAGCAUCGGAUUGGGUGAUCCGCAACAUAUUAUGAACUUGAGUAACUAUAAACUAGUUUUAUCUGCAAAGACUGGAAACAACGCGAAUGACUUGACUUGCCGCAUUGGGAGAGCAAUAAGAAUGUUUUGUUAUAAGAAUAUUUCUCGAACUAUACGUGUACACUUUAUCUACCAAUAAAAAUAUUUUAUGCACCU